CCUCGCCAUGCGCAGAGGAGACACUCGCAAGGAAUUCGGGCGCACUUCGACGCGAGGCCAGUGAAGUCGUGUCCUUUUUUUUUUUUUUUUCAUGCGUUUCCCGCUCGUGGAGUGGGGAUUUACCUGAGCGGAGGGCCGAACUUCGCGUCUCACCUGCAUGAACCCGAGGCCGCGAUGAGUCGGAGAACCAGAAGAUGGAUCUUACGGGUUUUACUCUGCUUGGGGGUUGUUUACCUGAAGAUCGGCGGCUUCUCCUCGGUGGUGGCCCUCGGAGCCAGUAUCAUCUGCAACAAGAUCCCGGGCCUGGCCCCCCGCCAGCGGAUUAUCUGUCAGAGUCGGCCCGACGCGAUCAUCGUGAUCGGGGAAGGCGCGCAGAUGGCCGUCAAUGAAUGUCAGUUCCAGUUCAAACAUGGACGCUGGAACUGCUCGGCUCUGGGAGAGAGGACCGUCUUCGGAAAAGAGUUGAAAGUGGGCAGCAAAGAAGCGGCCUUCACCUACGCCAUCAUCGCGGCCGGCGUGGCCCACGCCGUCACCGCCGCCUGCACGCAGGGGAACCUGAGCGACUGCAGCUGCGACAAAGACAAGCAGGGCUUCUACAGCAAGGACCAGGGCUGGAAGUGGGGGGGCUGCUCGGCGGACAUCGGCUACGGUCUGGGAUUCUCCAAAGUCUUCAUCGACGCCCGGGAGGUCAAACAGAACGCCAGGACGCUGAUGAACCUCCACAACAACGAGGUGGGACGCAAGGUCCUGGAGAAGAACAUGCGGCUGGAAUGCAAGUGUCACGGCGUGUCGGGCUCCUGCACCACCAAAACCUGCUGGACCACCCUUCCCAAGUUCCGCCAGCUGGGCUACAUUCUCAAGGAGAAAUACGCCCAGGCGCUGCACGUGGAGGCGGUCAAAGCCAGCCGCAACAAGCGGCCCAAGUUCCUGAAGAUCAAGAAGCCCUACUCGUACCGGAAGCCCUCCGACACAGACCUGGUGUACACGGACAAGUCGCCCAACUACUGCGAGGCAGACGCCGUGACGGGCAGCAUGGGCACGCAGGGGCGCGCCUGCAACAAGACGGCGGCGCAACACGUGGGCGCCUGCGACCUGAUGUGCUGCGGCCGCGGCUACAACACGCACCAGUACUCCCGCGUCUGGCAGUGCAACUGCAAGUUCUUGUGGUGCUGCUACGUCAGGUGCAACACCUGCAGCGAGAGGACCGAGGUGUACACGUGCAAGUGACCGUGUCUGAGUGGACCCCCCGGCUGCACGCGGAGCUUCUACCGAGCGUCGGAUGUCGGCGCACGGGCACGUGGAAUAUUUAAUAACUGUCGACUAGAGAAUGGAGAACAUUGGUAUUAAUUUAUUUGACAAGAACUACUGAUGUGGGGUCAACAAAAGAACUCAAUGUUGGGAGGGUUAGUUUGUUCAAGGGAUGAGUUUUUUUUUUCUUAUUAACUUUUGACCCGCUUGCUGUACGUCUUCCUCACGUUUUGCUGCUAGUCCCGAUUGUUUAGCGUCACAAACACUGGCACACGUUCCACUUCAUAGAGUAUAUUUUGUAAGAGCCUAUUUUUGUAUGGAUGUCUUAUUUAUAUAUGUUGCUUAAUAUUCCUUCAAGGGGACCUGCGUCUUUCUGGGAUGCGAUUUGUUAUCCACAAUCCUCAUGCGAGACAAGAACGCACAGGUUUUUAUUUUAUUUUUUUUUAUUUUAUUUUUUCAUUCUAAAUCGUAAAUAAACACUAGCAAAAGUCAGCUAACAAUGGAGCCAAUAGGAAACUUCUAUUUUUGAGCCUGACUAUAAGGAGGAGGAUCUACAAGUUUUAGAAGCAGACAAACACUCAGCGUCAUGUAGCACUAUUGCUAAGUGCGAAAAAAAACUUUAUAAAACAAUCACUUACUGUACAAUGUCCGCUCUCACUUACAAUGCAAUAAAUCCACAAAGUGUUAUAAAAGGGUAUAACAUGGAGUAGAUGAGUUGUUGUGUCAUAUUUUGACCAAUUUUAUUUAGAAAUAAAAUUGUCGAUGCUCCUUAUAGACACACGUAAUAAAGGUGUUUGAUGUUUUUUGAUAAAUUAAAGGCAACAUCAAACAUUAUGUCACCACUGGUCCCACCUUCACUAUAAUAAUGUUAAAAGAACAACUUAAAGUCUUGUCUAGAUGUUUACUGACAUAAUAUUCGCACAAACACUAAGCGUCAUCUAGCAGUAUUGCUAAGCGCUAAGCAAGAUAUACAAACAUAAUAAAACAAUCACUUACUGUACAAUGUCUGCGCUCACAGGGAUAAAGACUGAUCAGAUGUUUAAAUAUUCCCCUUUACAUCAACAAUUCAACAUGUAGCAGUAUUGCUAAGUGGUAAACAAGAUAUACAAACAUAAUAAAACAAUCACUUACUGUACGAUGUCCGCUCUCAUUGGGAUAAAGACUGAUGGGAUGUUUUAUAUAUUCCCCUUUACAUCAACAAGUCAGCAUAGCCUCACAAAGGGUUAAAAAAAAGAAGUGUUUUUUCGUGUCUUUCUGGCCAUCUCCGGGUCUAAGUUGGAUGUCCAAGUUGACCAACUUGGUUUUUCUUUAUUUGCAUACUAAAUCGUAAAUAAACAGUAGCAAAAGUCAGCUAACAAUGGAGCCAAUAGGAAACUUCUAUUUUUGAGCCUGAAAAUAAGGAGGAGGAUCUACAAGUUUUAGAAGCAGACAAACACUAAGCGUCAUGUAGCACUAUUGCUAAGUGCGAAAAAAAACUUUAUAAAACAAUCACUUACUGUACAAUGUCCGCUCUCACUUACAAUGCAAUAAAUCUACAAAGUGUUAUAAAAGGGUAUAACAUGGAGUAGAUGAGUUAUUGUGUCAUAUUUUGACCAAUUUAAUAAAAUUGGUCUAUGCUCCUCUUAGACACACGUAAUAUAGGUGUUUGAUGUUUUUUGAUGAUAAAUUCCCACCUUUACUCUAAUAAUGUUAAAAGAACAACUUAAAGUCUUGUCCAGAUGUUCACUGACAUAUAAUUCCCGGAUUUCCUAGAAUUCCCAGUUUUUUAGGGACAUUUUCCCCAUUCAAAAUGCAUUGUCCAUUUUUCAAACUCCCACAAUUCCCACAUUUUUCAACCGAUUCAAACCAUUCCACCUUUAACACAUUCAAUUAAUCCUGGAAAUUCAUUUUUACACGUUCAAAAAAUUUCCAGGAAUUCCUGUUUUUUUCUAACCUUAUUUCCAAAGUUUUUUUAGUGUGAUGACUCCUUUCAGAUUUUUCAACCUAUUUUAACCGUUCCACUGUCUAAACAUUCCUCUUAGUCAGGAAAAUAAACCAAGUUGGUUUAAGAACUUGAAAAAUUACCUUUUUUCCUGAAAUUCCGUAAUACCAUUUCUCAAUUAAAAAACUGUUACUCCUUCAACAUUUCUUGACCAAUUUAAAUGAUU